CCGCAGGUAGGAGGAACGUACCAACUGCGAGGCGGGGGGUGCGCGCGAAGACCCCCGCAAGCUGCGCUUCCGGAAGUAACCCCUGGCGCAUCCCGGAAUCCAGAGCGCCCACUACGGCCUUUGGCCAGGCCCCCUGGGCGCGUUCCGGGAGCUCAGGCCUGCGGCGCUGGGAGAAGCACGCUGGCCAACAAGUAGGGUGGUGGGCACGCGGCCCAGGGGUCAGGGGCCGCUAGGCGGCGGGCGGCGGGGCUGCGGCUCUUACCUGCCGAGGAGGCGCCGGCUGUGCGGUGCGGAGUUGCGCCGGACUUCCCAGCUUGGCCAGUGGCUCCGCAGGCUGCCGGCUCCACCCCUCAGGCACAAGAGAAGUGGAAGAGUGGCCGCUUUCCUUCUGGGCACGCACUUGGGAAAAGGCUUGAUUCAUUUGGAUUCAAGGUUGGCUCUCAACACUGCCAGCUGCACUGUCAUCCUAAAGUACUUCUGUGGAAGAGAACAUGGUGGUGUCACUGUUGUACCAGUGAUGACACAAAAUCCCAGAUCUACCUGACGGGCCUGCGAGGGUUGAAGAUUGUGAAGCAAUAGCCUAAGUGUCCAGAUCAUCCUGGGCACUGCCAGGGCCACCUGCAGCCAUUUCUAAGGCUCUGUGGAGGCCCAGGGACUCCUCACCCAGCUCCAGCGCCAGCGCCAGCGCCAGCGCAGCCUCCUAGCCCACCAGCCCUUUGAGGAGCUCUCGGACCACUGGGUCUCGGCCUACCACCUGCUGGAGUGGCUGGUGGAGCAGCAGCAGCCCCUUCAAGAGUACAAGGGCAGGCACCAGCUGGGGAAGGCUGGUGUUGCCUUGUCGGCCACAUUCUGGAGCCCGGCAGACAGCCUCAGCAAGCUCCUGUAGCCCUUCCAGAUGGUGGUCCACGAGGCGAGUGCAGCACAGGCCUCUCUGAGCCAGGUGCUGCCCCAGCUGCGCUACCUGCACAUCUUCCUGGAGCAGGUUCACACACACUUUCAGGAGCAGAGUGUCGGGGAGAGGGGCGCAGCCAUCCAGCUGGCUGAGGGGUUGGCCCGGCAGCUCUGCACCGACUGUCAGCUCAACAAGCUCUUCUACCGCGAGGAGUUUGUGCUGGCCACCUUGCUGGACCCUUGCUUCAAGGGGAAGAUUGAGGCCAUUCUGCCGUGGGGGCCGACCGAUAUUGACCACUGGAAGCAAGUCCUCAUGUACAAGGUGAAGGAGAUUAGAGUGUCUGAAUACUCUUUGACCGCCCCAAGCCCCCUGCAAAGCCCCAAGGGUCUGUGCGUGGACCCUACCAGGGUAGCCAAGAGCUCCGGGGUGGAGGGGAGAAGCCAGGGGGAGCCUCUGCAGAGCAGCGGCCACUCUGGGGCCUUCCUGCCGGCCCAGAGGGAGGGCUUGCUGGAGAGCAUGGGGCUGCUGGCCUCUGAGAGAAGCGGGGGCUCGCUGUCCACCAAGAGCCACUGGGCCAGCAUCAUUGUCAAGAAGUAUCUGUGGGAGAAUGAGACCGUUGGAGCCCAGGAUGACCCGCUGGCUUACUGGGAGAAGAAGCGAGAAGCCUGGCCACCAUCUAUCUGUCUUACCCCCCACAGGAGCCUUCUCUGAAAGCAUCUUUGCCUCCCUGAACAGCCCCACCCUUGUAGAGCAAAACUCUUCUCUCAAGGUGGAGGCCAUUGAGCAUCUCCUCUUCUUGAAGGCCAACCUGGAGCAGUUCCCCAACUACACCCCGCCUCCCCUCAUCUGCUCUAGUGGUGACCUGGCCAAGGGGAUACAGACCCUGCAGUCUGCUCAGGGUGUGAUGGCAGACAUGGCAGGUGCCGGUGCUCACCCUGCCCGUGAACUCCUAGAGAGCCCCUGCCUGUAAUAGGUCAAAGCAGAGAGCUGGGUGUUGCAUCCUGGGCGCCACAUGCUCAUGGCCAGAAUCUUAAACCUAUUUGGUAGGAAAGGGUCAGUUUCUCACUUGACAGAUUGCCAUAUUUUUUUUCUGGGAGAUGUCAUUUUCCAUCUCCCGAUUACUUCCUUUAUGUCUAGCAGUAUGUGCCGAGAAGAGGCUUACUCUCUUCAUAGGUGACUGUGAAUUUUGUACUACGUGGCUUUGUACAUGUGAUGCUCUGUUAAAACAUAAGUGGGUGUGAAGGUCCUUGCAUACACCUUGUCUGUGUGGAUAAGUGGAUACAUGCCCUUAAGAGGCUUGCUUUCUCAAAAAGUGGCCAAGGAUGUGGAGUGGGCAUGUGCUGGCAGGUGGGAUAUGUCCUUAGCCUUUGGGGGCCUGGAUAAGCUAUUGCAGCACUUUCUGAGGCUUUCACUGUAGGGAGAAGGAAAUCCCAAGGGUAGAAUAGCCAUUUCCAGAGGGAAGUGCACACAUACCCCCACACACCAGUCUUUUUGGGGGUUUCAGAGUGGCCGGAAAAACCGACUGAAGGGACUGACCAGCUAGCUAGGAGAGCUGAGACGCCAGUCCUCAAAUGGCGUUCUUACCAAUAGUCUAUUUCCAGACUACUGGAAACGUUGGGGUUUCUUCCUCCAGUGACAGCAGCCUCAGUAGCUUUCCUGGGCUCCAGGCGGCUGGCUGCACACCCUGCCUGCCAUCACCCUUGCCCCUGCUUGUCCUGGACCACUUUUAAAGGGGAAGUCCCUUAUUUGGAAGCGAGAAAGGAUGUGUGUAGCACACGCUCAUCAUGGAUUGCUCAGAGUUCCUUUAGGGCAGAGCUGAGGGCCUGGGAUCCAGGAACCAGUGGGAUUGGAUGGGAGAAGAAGGAAGGGGGUGGCCCGUCACCCCCGCAAGACUUGCAUCCAGGUAGCCUAAGGGCUCCUGGUCACUGGGUAGGGUGGCUGCUGAGAUGCAGGUCGGAAAAGGCAGGGGAAGGCUCCAGGCCUAACUUGGAGCAUGUGACUGGCCAUGGGGGUGAGGGGACAGACUCUGCCCUCACUGGCUGGCAGCCCCAGGAGCCUGUUCCCUUGCCUCUCCUGGAUGGGUUGUCAGCCCUGUGUUUCACUGUGACCAAUUCAUUGUAACAUUUGGAUAUUACUGAAAAUGUAAGGAAGCAGGAAAAAUUAACUACUUUCAUUCAGAGAUAGCCUCUAUCAAUAGUUUGACAUUUUUCCCUCUUUUACAUUGAGAUCAUACCCUAGGUACUGUUUAGUAUGCGAUAUUUUCAUUUUCGCAGUAUAAUAAUUGCACCUGUUAAAUAAAGUUUUGUAAACAUUUAAUAACUGGAGUAGUAUGAUUUGAAUUAAAGUCUGGCCUCCAGAUUGCUUAGAUCACUCCACUACCUGUAGCACUAGGUGUGGGAGUGGGGUGGUGGGGACACAUUCGCAGGUGAUAGGGGGCCGGGUUUGUCUGGGGGAGGGGCCUCACUACUGCCCCUGGCUCCAGAGCAGGGAUAGGAGGGGCAGGGCUUGCUGGAUCUCUCCCUGCAGUGUCCGGUACCUCACUUGCAGGAUCCUGACUCACAUGUCGGGGCGGGGAGGAUCCGAGAAUGUGAUGCAUCCUCAGGUUGCCUUGGGCAGUGUGCGUGACUGUGCUUCCAUCCUUGAGCAGUCGGAACUGUUCUUGGAAGUGGCAUCGUGGCUCUGCUGUGUGGCAUCACCGAGCAGGCUCAUGUUCUGGGAGAGGACUGGGAGGCCUAGAAUGGUGAGGCAGCGAGGCUCGGGAGAAGAACGUGAGAAGAUUGGGUGAGGAUGAAAGGAAGAGGGUGAGAGAGCUUGAUGGCACCGAACCAGGGGGCUUGGGCUCUAGAACCUUCACUUUCAUCUAGGCGCAGUUUUGUCCCCCAGUGGACAUUGACAAUGUCUGGAGGUGUCUUUAGUUGUUCCAAGUGGGGUAAGGGGAGUGGUUCUGUUGGUGUCUAGUGGACAAAGGCCAGGGAUGCUGCUCAGCACCCUCCAAUGUGCAGGACGGCCUCCACAACCAAGGCUCAGCCUGCCCAGAUGGCAGUAAUGCCAGGGUUGGGAAGCCCUCUUCUAGAGCGUUAGAGCCUCCAGUCCACCCGAGGCUGCUCUGGGUUGAAGCGUUCCUCCCCCUAGACUUAGCUCUGCCCUGUGGGCCUCAUUUCCCAGGCAGAAGACACUCACCAACGCCUGGGACCAUCUUCCCUGGUUCUCAGUCAGCCUCCCUCAAAGGGCCCAAGUGCCAUCCUUGUCACCAGUCCUCUUUCCAGACUCUGUUGCUGGGCCAGGAGGUCUCUGUUCCCUUCAUUUCCAUAGUUAGGACAAGGACGGCUCCUUCUGGAGGAGUGCUGAAGCAGGUGGACGUGCGGGAAGCCAUCCUCUUUGUGUCUGCGGGCAGCCUGAUGGUUAGUUGGGUCUGCACAGGUGGGCACCAGCUGGUUCUCAGUCCUACUGGGCUACCUCUUUGCAGUGUGCAGGUGAUGGACCAGAAACACAGCAGAGGUCACUGACCCCCAAGAGAAUGAGGGUUAUGCACGACCCAUCACCAAGACCCAGGCCUGCAUCUGGUGAGGGCAGGACGGGGCCACACUGGUGCAGGGCUGUGUGUUGGAGGGCAACAGGGAAGGGCCGGUGGGGUCUUUCUGCUCCGUUUCCUCUUCUGUAAACCAUGUUCCUGGUGUGAGCAUGCACAGUUGCCUGCCUCUGUCUGCCUGCUUCUUUGCUCUCUCCCUUUGCUGAGCCAUCAUCUCCAUCUAAAAAGCCACUGACUCAGUUCCUCAGGGCAUUCACUUAACCUCUGCAGUCCCACUGUGGCCUCACCUGUGCCCAGGACUGCUCAUCCAGUGGCUGUGUCUCCAGCCUCCUCUUGUCUGAGUCCAGUGGGGCGUCCUAGUAGUGUUGGUCUCACUCCUUAAAAGCCUUCCGUGUUCUCCUCCCUCUGGCUGCUUGGCAGAAUCCUUCACAGACUCGUUCAUUCAGCCUCAUAGGUCAGCCUUCACCUCUGCUGCUCGUGCAUAGGACAUCUUCCACAUU